AUGGCGAUAGCGACAUGCAUGGGAGGCGAUCGGAUGGGACAUGAAGAGCAUUUGGUGGAAGUGAAGACGAUGAGUCAAGGAAUGGGGAGAGCGUGCGGGGGGAGGAGCUGUAAAAUAUCCGGAGCACAACUGCGGCUUCGAGGCGGGGGGCUUGCAGACUUCAUGGUCCCAAAGCCCGAGCCAGAAAAAACCAACGAGGGCAGGAGACACAGGAAGACAAGAGAGGUUCACUAUGCCGACAAUGCAGAGAAUAUCUUGAGCCAUAGCAAUAUGAAGAGCUAUAGGAAGUCCCUGCGCGAGUACCAAAAGCUCAAGAUGCGAGACCUGGACGAUGAACCGUUUCAGAGAGACCUCGAAGAUGAGCCUCGUGACCUCAACGCCUCUCAUUUUCCAGUCUCAAUAUUCGAAGACUCCAAAAUAUUGUGCAACUAUCAGCAUUUUGCUCGCGUGCGCGAACGAUAUGAAGCAUCCAAGAAGGAGUUCGAGGACAACUAUGAGGAAGACCACGAGUUGUAUGGUGUUGAUAGGCUCAAACAUGGUUUGCGGGGGUUCAUGCCGGGACCGCCGAAAGAUCUACUCGAAGAUCUUAAGAAAGAUGGAAAUGAUGGUCCAUGGAAUAAUCCUAACGAUACAAGUGCUUGGAAACCUUUGAGUGAGCUUUGGUUUCCUGGACAUGAAACUUUCAAGUACUACAAGAACGGAAGGCAAGAGCAGUGCUAUACAGGAGAAAAGAUGGACAAAGAGACUUCAGACAAGUGGGCGGGGAUCAGCAACUUUUAUGCACCCUAUAUGCUGGGAACAACAAGCUUGUUCCAAGAGGACGACAACACUUCCACGUUCUUCGGCACGCUGGACUGGUACCUGACGAAGAAUAGACCAGAGACAUUCCAUGACGAAACACUCAAGAGGACUUACUGGUACCGUCCGAGCCUGGGGAAGCGAAGCCUCUACAGAGACGGGCUCCUGCCGCAUGAGAAUCUACCCCCUUACGAGAAGAGGUUUCUUGACCUUCCAGACACACCGGCGGGAGAUAACAUCUACUCCCAAGCGGCCGCUGAGUUCCACUCAAAGCAUCCCUCCUACGGCGAUGUUCUGGCUGCAGUCGACCGUUUGCGUACCGAUUUCAAAAGCAUGUUCAAGAUGAAAGUGACGCCGUCCAUGUCGCCGUAUGUACAGUUAGACAACCUCGUCAUGUCCAUCAUUCAGAGCAAGUGGAUGACCAAGCAAGCGACAGUGCUCGACGCCGACGACGUCUACAAGUUUCUCAUUCAAUCCAACAACAACAUGGCAGCUUGGAGCCCUGAGAUGUGGAAACAGAUACAGGUCUCCGACGAUCAGUUGAGCAAGGCCCAACGCGCCAACUUCUUUCUUGGCCUCACGGACUGGUGGCUGGAGGGAGAAACCAAAGUGAAGGGGUCGUCCACGAUUGUCGACAAGCCGAUUGACGAUCUGACGGACAUCGGGCGGAUAUCAGGCGGAAUCAUGAUGAAAGUGUGGCAGCGAGAGAGGAUUGAUGACUCCUAUCACAGCUCUCUGUAA